AUGCCAUCUUUAUUAAAAACAGAAUCUUUGGCAACAUUAACUUUGAAUACUUUAUCAUGGGCUGGACUGAUACUGCGAGAUGACUACACGAAGACUCAAAGAAUUAUCAUGAAAGUGUAUGGCGGGCUGGUUUUCCUGUAUUUAUUUGUUUUCACAGCUUAUGUACAAAUCGCGGACCUUGUUGUUAUAUGGGGUAACAUAGAUUUCAUGACGGAGACAUCUUUGAUUCUCUUUAUGCAAUUAGCUGUGAGCGCAAAAGUAUUAACGCUAAUGUUGAAGUCUAAGAAAAUUAUGGAAGUCACAAACGAAGCUGAUGCAAUACUGAAUUCUGAAAAGAAAGUGGAAGGCCAAAGGAUUAUAGCCAGCAUUGACAAGAAUACGACCCUGUUUUUAAAGUAUUACGGUUUUUUCGUUGCAUUUACGAUCAUAUGUUGGUUCAUGGGCGAGAAUACUAGCACAUUUUUCAUCCGAUCUAAGUACCCAUUCAAUGAAUUGAAAUCACCGGGGCGUGAAUUUGCAUUUGUACAUCAGUGCAUAGUAGUGAUAUUUACGGGGUCUUUUGACUUCAAUGUUGACAUCAUCAUCAUAUCGUUAGUGGCUGUCUGCAGAUGUAGACUAAAGCUAGUGGCUUUGUCAUUGCGAAAUCUUUGUUUGGACAUACCGAUGAACAAGAGGAAUCUGAUCACAUCAGACGAAGAAAAAGUCAUUACAGAAAGGCUUCGUAAUAUAAUUUCGCAGCAUAAGCGCGCUUUGGACGCAGCAGAGGCUAUCAAGCAUUACUUAUCCGGAGCUCUGUUGGUACAACUCAUGGUGUCCAUAGUAGUCAUCUGUACUACGGCAUAUCAACUGGCUGUGAAAAAAUCAACUACUAUGCAAUCGCUGACAAUGGCUGGAUAUCUAUUUGGAACAUCAUUGGAAGUCUUCUUAUUUUGUUAUCAAGGGGAAUUCCUUCGUGAAUCUAGUGAAGAAAUCGCAGACGCCGCAUAUGAAUGUCCAUGGUACACUCUCACUCGACCCUUGAAAAAGACACUGUUAAUAAUCAUGACGCGAGCACAGAGACCCGCCACACUCACGGCAGGUGGAUUCGUGACUUUGGACAUAACCGAAUAUAUGGCGAUAAUGAAAGCAUCCUACAGCUUUUUCACGGUUCUUCAACAAGUCAGCGAAUAA